AUGCACAUCUUGUCAUUGUUAAGGGUUACUAUUCCAUCUAGCAAGACAAUCCUCAAUAGCUCCUUGGGUGAAAGAGUUGUGUUAGGAAUAUCAAGAUCACAACAAGUUCGAUGCUUAGCUGCACCCGGAGGAAAGGCAGUCUUCAAGCGCGACAAACCACAUCUGAAUGUUGGUACUAUAGGACAUGUUGAUCAUGGUAAAACAACGCUGACCUCUGCUAUCACCAAAGUCCUGGCUGCGACAAAAGGAGCCAAAUUCCGCAAAUACGAGGAUAUCGAUAAUGCCCCUGAAGAAAAAGCAAGAGGUAUUACCAUCAAUGCAUUCCAUCUCGAGUAUGAAACAGCUAAACGACAUUAUGCUCAUAUUGACUGCCCCGGACAUGCCGAUUAUAUCAAAAAUAUGAUCACUGGAGCAGCACAGAUGGAGGGAGCCAUUCUCGUUGUUGCCGCUACUGAUGGUGCCAUGCCUCAAACUCGAGAACAUCUGCUUCUUGCUCAUCAAGUGGGUAUCCCAAAGGAGAAUGUAGCAGUGUAUCUGAAUAAGGUAGAUGAAGUUCCCGACCAGGAAACUCGUGAGUUGGUAGAAAUGGAGAUUCGCGAGCUUUUGAAUGAAUUUGACUAUCCAGGAGACAAAGCGCCGGUAAUCUUCGGCUCUGCUUUAUGCGCUCUUGAGGGAAAGCAACCAGAAAUUGGCGAAGAAUCUAUAAAGAAGCUUCUGGACGUUCUCGACAAUCACUUCGUAAUCCCCGAGAGAAAAAUUGACACCGAGGCUAUGUUUGCUGCUGAACAUGUGUAUUCAAUUCAAGGGCGUGGAACUGUUAUUACUGGAAAGUUGGAACGAGGAACACUAAAACGUGGAGAUAAGAUUGAAAUUAUCGGAUGCGAUCGAGAAAACCUGAAAUCUGUUGUAUCUGGUCUCGAAUCGUUCCGCAAAACGGUCGAGCAAGCAGAGCCCGGAGACCAGCUGGGUGUCCUGCUGCGAGGCCUUGGACCAAAAGACGUUCGAAGAGGUUGCGUCCUUCUACCCCAAGGACACAAACACAAGGCUACUGACAAAAACCCCAAGAACAAGAAGAAGUUAAUGAAGGCAGAGAUGGAACGACUCGGAUUCAAUCCUUACGGAGAACUGGCUGAGAAACGAUUGAAACCCGACUACUCGCACUCGCCUAAAGACAACCCAGCAGCCAAAGCAUUUGAAGAAGCUGAAAGUAAUAAGUAG